AUGGCCUCGACCAAGAUGUCCGACGCUGCAGCGCUCCUCGAAGCCGGCAUCGAGACGAUGGCCGCGGAUCCGACGAGUGGCUUCCAGCCCGCCCCCACCCCAGCCAACGACGCGGAGCGGGUAGCCAAGUUGCACUCCCUGGGCAUCAUCGGGUCCUGCACCAGCGAGGAGCGCUACGACCACAUCACCAAGCUCAUGACGCAGAUAUUCAACAUGCCGAUAUCGGUGAUCUCGCUCAUCGACGAGGAGCUGCACUUCAGUAAGUCGGCCGCCGGGAUGGCGUGCGGGCCGCGCGUGCCCCGCAAGCAGACCUUCUGCGCCUGGGCGCUCACCUCCGAGAAGCCAGAAGUGCUCGUCGUGAAGGACGCCUCCAAGGAGGACAAGUUCAAGGAGCACCCGAUGGUGUGCUGCGACAACUCCCUGCGGUUCUACGCCGGCGCGCCGCUCGUCACCACGGACGGCUACCGCCUCGGGACGCUCUGUGUGCUCGACAGCGUCCCCCACCCCGAGUUCAGCGACGGCCAGGCUGCGACCCUGCGCAACUUCGCGGAGAUGGUUGUGCGCGAGAUUGAGCGGGACCAGCUCCAGGCGAGCGUCAUCCAGUCGACCGCGUCGGGCGGGCCCGUCCCGCUGGCCCAGUCGCAGCGCUACUCCUCCCGGCUGUCGGUCGAGUUCACCGAGCUGGACUCCGGCGAGCUGCGCCGCAUGCGCGCCAUCGACGCGCUCACCGAGGCGGUGGCCCUCGUCGACGUCGGAGAGGGCUGGCGCGUGUUGUACGGCAACCAGGGGUACAAGAAAUUCUUCCCGGACUCCCCCUCCGCGGAGGAGGAGUCGUUCACGCUCUGGGACCGCGUCGACGUCGCGGGCAUGACCGGCGCGCAGCUGUGCGCGCGGUACAGCGAGGUGACGGCGGCGAAGGGGACGUUCUCGAUCUCGGGCGUGACGCACGGCACGGGCCGGAGCGUCGCGUGCCGGUGCAAGCCCGUGGACGAGGCGAUGGACGUGAACGCGCUGGACACGCUCAUUCCGUCGCGGUGCAAGCCCGGGACGUCGGAGAUGGACGAGCGGCGGCUGUACCUGGUGACGAUGAUCGACGACACGACGCCCGUGCAGCCGGCGGCGAACAGCAGCGAGACGCAGCGGCAGAGCGCGCUGCAGAGCGUGCGGAGCGGGUCCGGGCGCGGGAUGGGGUCGAGGGCGAUGCCGUCGAGCAAGCCGCCGUUCGUCGACGUGCGGCUGGGCAAGGUGCUCGGCGAGGGCGGGUACGGCAAGGUGUACCGCGGGCUGUGGGACGGCGCGAUGGUGGCGGUGAAGAUCAUGCUGCACGGCCCGCCGCGCGGCGAGGAGAGCAGCGAGGCGCUCGAGGCGGUGCUCUCCUGCAACAUCUCGCACCCCAACCUGGUGCAGAGCUUCAAGUUCGCGCAGCGGCCGAGCGGGAAGGUGCUCGAGGACGGCGAGGAGGAGUGGGAGACGUGGAUUGUGCAGGAGUUUUGCGGGCUGGGCAACCUGCAGCAGAUGUGCGACAGGGGGGAGUUCACUGACGAGGCGGGGGGCGUCAAGGACGUGGCGGCGAUCCUCUCGGUGUGCCGGGAGGUCGCGGGCGGCAUGGCGCACAUGCACGGCCGCUCGAUCGUCCACGGGGACCUGUCGGCGAACAACGUCAUGCUCCUGCCGCGCCGCGACGCGCACAAGGGCUUCACGGCCAAGGUCGGCGACUUCGGCCUCUCGCAAGUCGUCACGACGGAGGCCAAGGUCUCCAAGUUCGGGACCGUCACGCACAUGCCUCCGGAGCUCCUCCGCGACGGCCGCCUGAGCCCCGCGGCGGACGUGUACUCGUUCGGCGUCGUCGUGUGGCAGAUGGUCACCGGCAAGCGACCGUUCGACGGCCUGCGCGUCCCGCAGAUCAUCGCGCGCGUGCUCGAGCAGGGGCACAAGUUCGAGUUCCCCGAGGGCACGCACGCGGGCAUCAAGGAGCUGGCCGAGCGCUGCAUGGCGCGAGAGCCGGAGGACCGGCCGGCGUUCAGCGAGAUCCUGGCGACGAUCAUCUCGAUGCAGAAGUGCGAGCGCUCGAAGCGCCGCUCCAAGGACGCGAACGAGCGUGCUGCGGCGAGCCCGGCACCAGCUGACCAGUCUGCUUGA